AUAAUGAUGACGUCUGUUACGAGUUGCGCACGCAGCACCUGUAAGCAGCCUGUAAGAGCUACGCUGUGUGAGUCUGCGUUCUCGCUGCAGGAGCUACCACGGAAGUAAAAAAAAAAACAAAGAAAAACUCUGACCUCUCACCGCAUUAGCAACAACAAACCGCAUCAAUGGAUGGAAACCAGAGUCUUGCCUAGCAACCGUUGAGUCGUGUGACGUGAUUUUAUUAAUAUUUUAGUUUUUUGAAAUACAGUUUGAAAUAUGGAGACAGAAAUCAACAAACGGCGCCAGCCUCGUGCCCUUCCACCAAUGCCAAGCCAAAACACUGGCGUUUCAACAGAUGAGAUGCCACUUAGCAAGACUAAAAAGAAAAAGUUAAAAACAACCAAUGGAAUAGGUAAGACAGAAGAGUCUAUAAUGCAGCCUGGAAGUCGGCGACAUUCAGAAAGUAAAGAAUCUCUGACUCCAGAACCACUAGACAUGCCCCCACAGCGUAAGAGAAAGAAGAAAAAGUCAUUGCAAACACCUGACUCUGAAACGUCCUUUAUGCAGAACACCCCAUCAGAACCUUCCAUGCAGACGGAGAUGCCGAAUGACAAUAUUGUAGACAAUCCAGAUGAGGAAGAAGUGAUCCGCAAGCCACGGAAGAGAACCAAGAAAACCCGCCCCGUUGAUCUCCAGUACGCCAAUGAGCUUGGAGUGGAAGAGGAUGACAUAAUCACUGAUGUCCAGCCGCCCAUUUCACCGCACGCUCUUUUCACAGCUCCCAUCGGCAACAGCCAGCCAGUGGGAAAAGUGUUUGUGGAAAGAAACCGGCGAUUUCAAGCUGCGGACAGGUCGGAACUGAGUAAACCUACUGAACAAGCAGAUGAUUACAUGGAGGUGAAAUCCUUGUGGACAACAAGGGAUGUGGCAAUGAGCGUGCACCGGGGCUUCAGAGUGAUCGGUCUGUUCUCUCACGGGUUCCUCGCCGGAUACGCUGUGUGGAAUAUCAUUGUGGUGUACGUGCUGGCUGGAAACCAGCUCACUACCCUCCCGAACCUGUUACAACAGUACAAGACUCUGGCCUAUCCAGCACAGUCCCUGCUCUACCUCCUGCUGGCUGUCAGCACCGUAUCUGCAUUCGACAGGGUUAACCUGGCCAAGACGUCUAUGGCACUGCGUGGCUUUCUGACACUGGACCCUGCAGCUCUGGCCUCUUUCUUGUAUUUUGUUGCUUUGAUUCUGACUUUAAGCCAACAAAUGACCAGCGACAGGAUAAACCUUUACACAUCACAGUCUGCCAAUGACACCCUAUGGCCUUCCGGCUCUGAGCAACAGAUCCUCCAGCCCUGGAUUGUGGUGAAUCUGGUGGUGACUCUUCUGGUUGGAAUAGCCUGGGUUUUCCUCUCUACCAGACCAGAAAUUGAUUACACUGAAGAUUUCAUAUUUGCCAUGGAAGUGGAAGAAUACCCAAAAGAAACUCAAGCCUGAAGUAUUUGUACACAGGUUUAAUUAUGUAUCCAUUGUUUUGUUAUAUUGUGAAAUGUUUUUAAGAAAUAUAUUUUUGUAUGUUGUGUUAUCAGGUAGAUAAUCAUUUUUUAUUAGAAAAAAGUCUUUGAUUUUAAAACGAUCAUAUUGUUCCACAAUUUUAAGGCAGCUCUUUCAAGGGAAUGUACUUGCAAUUUGAAGAGACAUUUAAAAUCAAUACAACACUACUGCUGCUGUCAUUUCUUUUACCAGGUUCACUGAGGAUUUCAGAUAUUCCCAAAACACUAGGAACAUCUUAAACUCCAUGUCAGACUGUAGGUUUAAAGCUUUGCUUUUAGGAAUUGUGAACUGCAGUAAUUUUAACUUGCCAUUUUUUUUUAUCACUGAAACAAUACAUAUAGAGAGAUUGAAUGUUGUCAAACAGUCCAGUGACAUGUACAUUAAUUACAAACCUGUCAAAUGUGAUUUAUAUAGCUAUACUCCACUUGUGGUAAAACUAGCUGAAAGAUAAACAAAGGAAGGUAUGAAGUCAAUCCCACUAGACCAGAGUGUCCUAAUUCAUGUUUGGAAGGGUCUUUUAAAAUAUUCUUUGUUAGUCUAAUAGGAGCAGAGACAAGACAUCACUGAAGUGUGUACAUGUGGCUGGCUGCUGAUCAGAAAGCGGCAAAGAUCUCUGCGACAGGCUAGAUUUAACUAUCUUUAUUUUUUAGUUCUCAGACAAAUAUUUGAAUAGUAAAACAAACAAAAUGUAUUCAACGGCAAAAAUUACCAUGUUUUAAAAAAUAUAUAUUUAACCUUAAUACGGUAUUGUGACCAAGUGGCUUUGUGGGUGACGUCAGAACCAGGAAGUAAAUGCACAUAGGGAUACUGGAUCAAGGGUGAAACUGAGACGCUAUGGCCAGGCUCAGGUUUUAUUAAAUAAUAAACAGCCUUUAUAAAUGAGCACACAAAAUAAAGGGCAUGAUGGCCAAAACAAACAAACCUGGAAUACAGAUAAUGAAACAAGUAUAAAUAUAUAUAGCAAUUGUUCUUUCUACAGACUCCCGUCCUUCCUCUAACACUCCUCUUGCACUAUUAAACGGUAGGGUUUUUAUAGUUUACAAGCGAAGGGUUGUAAACUAGUGUUUUGCAUGAGUUUAAAUAUAAAUGCAUGACUAUCAGUAUCAGCUUAUUUAAUAAUCAGUAGCUGAUCAGUCACGCAUUCCCACGAGAGUAGGCUACACCAAUACAAAAUACAAACAGUAACAAAUAACGGUGGAUGGCAUUUCGCCUGUCCUGUGUUCUAAAUCAUAAUACACAAUAAUCAUAUGGGCUUUCCACUGGUCAUCUGUAUAAUAAAUCAUAAUACAUAAUAAUAACAUACACAGAGGGCAGGCACCCUGCCACAGGUAUCAUUUAUUUCUAGCUAAUCCAGAAUUAAAGAAUAUUUGAAUAGUCAUUUUAAGAAUGUUAGUUCGUUCCAGCACUAUAUAUUUGUAUGUAGUGCCCAAAAUAACCACUGAAAAUCAUAAGUACCUAAACAGUCCAAAACAUCUUGUGGUACUCCUAAAAGAGUCCUAAAAAGCCACUGAAUUAUUAAAUACAUAUACAACUAAACAUAAAACAUACCUGCAUGCUAAAAGUUCCCACUGAAAAAGGCUUUACAAAUCUGAUCUAGAAAAGGCAUUGUUCUAACAGGUCAAAAGAGGAUAGUAAUAUAGCAUUUAUUUUUUGUCCUCUACAAAGUAAGAGAGCUCUAUAAAUAAAGAGAAAAAAAUCUAAGGCCAACAAAACGAUGUUAGGUGCCGUGGUUUUGUUACUUCUUCAUUUUGAAAACGUUUUUCAUGCGUUUUCAUGAGACUUUUUUUGAAAUGCUAUUAAAGCAGACAACUUAUACUUCUAGUAACGGGCCUAAACUCUUAAAAUAUUCUAUUAAAGAAUACAAUAGAAAGUGUUAAAAACAUAGAUACAUUGUCUACAUUUGUGGGACAACAUACUGUAUUGUCAAUUUGUCAUAUCAGAAAAUGAUGUAAAAAUGGUUUGAAACGAGGGGAAUUAUAAUUGAAGUGAAAUUCUUUUUUUUUUUUUGUAAAGAUUUCCAGUAUAAAUUAUUGUUAUUCUGGGACUUAUGUUUACAAGCAUUUUUUUUUUUUCCUGACAUGGUAUUGUUUAUUUUAUUAUUGUUCUGUAAAUGUAUCCAGUAUUAAUAUAAAAUGUCCCUUUGAUCAGGGUUACAUCUCCAAAGUACAGGGCAGUAAAUCCAGGACUGUAUGUCACAAAAUUAUUAAAUAUAUUUCUCAUUCUUUGUUCCUGUGUUGCAUUUAUAAAUAAAUACAUUUACAGUUCAGAAAACCACCCUAGAUGCAUCUCAUAUAACUGAGUUCCAUAGUGGAGUGACCCUUUUAAUAGUUAAUCUAAGAUCAAUUAUUUAUGGGUCAAUCCAUUACCACCUGUGGUAGUGGGUCUAUACAUUAUUGAGUCUCACAUCAUUGUUAUAUAAUUCCUGAAGCUCUGCAGUAUUUGAUACAGUUGAGAUGUCUGAGCUUAUCAAGCCAACAGUCCACAAAUGGAAGUAGUACUGUAGGUUGCUGCAAACAGUCAGUAGCUUUAAGUUAAUGCAUUGUUGUUCGUUUUCAGCCAGGAGGUGCUUGUUACACAGUCUUGUUUGAGAAAUCUCAAAAUUGAGCCUAAAUCAGUCAUGAAUCUACAUCAUAAAACCAAGUUAACAAUGGAAAAUCCCAUUCAAGAGAUAGGAGGAAAGGAAGCACUAAAUAUUUGUGUUGUAGUAAGUCAGUGAGGGACAAGCUUUACAAUAUAUUAUGUUUCCUGUGCAAGCCAGGACUGUUCGGUAUCUGCACAAAGUAGGAAUACUCUUUUGUAAAUAGUAACACAUUAUUUAAAAUGUAAUCAAAAUUGAUUACCCUGCAAGAGACACCCAUUUAGCAAAAUAAAACCAAUUUUACAGUUGACAAAUCUUUUGUUACAUUAAUCAUUCAUUCAAGAUAAUUUGGUAGUUUGCUUUCCUGGCCUUUAUUUUCAAUGUCAAAAGAAUCAUUUUGGUAUACAUUUCAUAUACAUGUUAUCUUGAGUAAGUACUGGAAUCUAAAGAAUGCUGACUUGGAUAGCUGUUCAUUCCAGUAAACAAGUGCAAGCCUAUUACUGUAUUCAGUAGACUUAUGCCGACAUUACUCAUGGAAGAAGGUCUGCAAAAAAAUACGAAAUAAUAAGGCUGCUUAUCAAGGCUUGCUGGUGACUAUAUGUAAACCAACUGUGGAGAAUAGCUCAUAAUUUGUUUGUAUCCCUCAUUUUUAUUUUGUUUAUAUUGUUUAAUACAUUUUUGAAUGCAUGAGUACAUUUUAAAUCUGAAUGUCAUUCUGAGAAGAUGCUUUUUCUGUAUUGUUUGUACAGCUGUUUGUGAAGACAGUUGUGUUAACUACAGAUAAUUGGGCUGUUAACUCCUGUUGUUUAUACAGAUGUAAAUGUUUCCUAAAAAUUAAACGUUAAUAAUUUGAUGAAAAA